CAGAUUAAUACUAAUCAAACCAACUUUUAGGUAAAAUCUCUAAUCUAAGUUUUACAUCACCAUUUUGCAGCUAACAUGUAACUCCUACCAUAUCGAUUUUUUGAAGUAACCUCAAAAAAGCCAUUGUCCAUUGUUAAAAUGUUGUUCCACCAAGGUCGAAUGCCAGAUUCCUCAUGAUUUUGUUUCCUGUCUUUGGGCAUCGUCAAGGCUACAAUCACCGAGGGAGAGAGACGGUGGUUGUGGUCGACGUGAUCAUAGGUGCGAUGAGCAGCAGAGGUCCAUUGAGUCAGAUGUUGAAUCCGACAAUGAGAGUGAAGGAGUGGAGAUUUCCAGCGAUGAGAGUGAUAGUUGGGAGAAAAAAGACAAUUGAUUUUUGGAGGCGAUGGCAAACUUGAUUGGAUAAUGAAAGGAUUAGGGUUUUUUAGUUAUAUAUAAAGAUUGGUUUGGGUUUUAAAAUUGGGCUAACAUGGGCUAACAUAUUCUUUUUUAACAAAAUGGGUUGGAGUAAAGUAGCAGUAAACACGUUUUCUAUACUAAAACUUUAUAAAAUAUAUAUAUAUAUUUAAAUUAUUUUUUAUAAUCUUUUUUUUGUAGUGUUUAAUAUAUAAUGUCGAACCCCAAUGGAAAUAAUUUAGAUGCAGGCAUGAACACUACGUCGACAUCGCCGUUUUCUACCAAUAGGGUAUAAUAUUUAUCAUAAUAACAUUUUUUUUAUCAUUGCGUUACAAUUUGUUAACAAUUUUUUUUAAAUAGGUGUUUACGUCUCGUGAUGAGUUGAUGGAAUGGGUGAGAAACAUUGCAUUCUCUCUUGGUUAUGUCAUCGCGAUGAGAAAAUCAAAGGCAAAAAAUGGCGUGGUGUCUUAUAUCAUACUUAUUUGUGAUCGUGGUCAUGAAUACAAAAGUAAAGCAACAAUUAAAAAUUCUGGAACCAAAAAAAAUCAAUUGUAACUUUCAAUUGGUAGGUUUGUACAUCAAACAAUAUGACGGUUGGACCCUCAGGGUGAUAUGUGAUCAACAUAAUCAUCCACCUGCACAAUAUAUGGAGGGACAUGCUUUUGCUAGGCGGUUGAAAGAACGCGAGAAACAAUUGGUGGCUGACUUGACAAAUAUGAAUGUUACACCACAUGACAAACUCUCAAUAAUAAAGGAACGCGACGUGAAUAAUGUUUCUACACUAAAAAUCAUAUACAAUGAGCGUCUCAAGCUUCACUCGUCCCGGAAUUAUGGAAAAACCCCAAUGCAGGUUCUAAUGGAAAUUUUGAACGAGAAACAUUUUGUUACGGAUUUCUCGGUAAAUAGUAUUUCAAAUGAAUUGGAAAAUCUUUUCUUCAUUCAUCCACAAUCGUUGAAUAUAUGGAAGGCAUUUCCACACAUUUUGAUUAUAGAUGCAACAUACAAGACCAACAAAUAUGGUUUGCCUUUUGUUCGGAUUGUUGGCACAACUUCAACCAACAAGACAUUUAGCAUAGCUUUUGCAUUUAUCGUUAAUGAAAAGGAGAGCUAUAAUUGGUUGUUAACGUGUCUAAAGUCCACACUAGAUAAGUGCAUGCACCCACGCGUUAUAGCCAUAGAUAGGGAAUUGGCACUGAUGAACGCAUGUCAACAAGUUUUCGCCGGUGCCACUCGGUUACUUUGUAGAUGGCACAUUACUAAAAAUAUUACAAAGCUUUGGAGGAGAAGAUUCAAGAUAGACGAUGAGUGGAAAGCCUUUCGUAUAAUGUGGACUGUACUUGUUGACUCUCCAACAUGGAUAGUGUACAAUGAUAACUACAAAACACUCCAAUCGAUGUUGAGAAAAUAUCAAGAUGUUUUAAAUUAUUUGGAUGAAGUUUGGUUAAACAAAUAUAAGGAAAUGUUUGUCUCAGUCUGGAUCGAUCAACAUCUCAACUUUGGACAACGAACUACAAAUAGAGUUGAGAGCGCACAUUCAAAUUUAAAGAAGUACUUAGAUGGGACAAAUUCUUAUCUUGAUAAAUUUAUCGGUUGUCUUGAUCAAUUUGUGAGGUCUCGACUUCCAUCGAUACAUGAUAGUCUUGAAAAGAGUAGAACUGUUCGUAAACGGGAACAAGACUUGCCAUUUUUUAGAUUAUUGUGGGUUCAGUGUCACAUUAAGCUUUCGAUAAACUAGUUGGGGAACUUUAUCGGUUGAGUGAAAAUCAAAUUGACUCAUCAAACUGUGGUUG